AUGUCGGGGUUCUUUCCGUCGCUGGAGACAUUUGCAAAGGGCACAUUCGCCACGGUAGCUGGAUUGUCGACGUUGAGCGUAGGCCUUGUCUAUUAUGGCCAAAAUUAUUUGAUAUACCCUUCAGCAUUUCCUCCUGGAUCACGUACAGAGGUUGCGCGCCCUUCCGAUUUUGAAUUGCCUUACGAGGACCUCGAGCUGAAGACCUCAGACGAUGUAACACUGCGGUGUUACUUGCUUCUGCAGAAGAAGGAUGUAGGCCACGCAGCAACCUAUAUGGACAUACCUAAUUCAGUGACCGAGGAUGAGUUUAUUGCAAGUAGACCGACAGUUAUCAUGUUCCACGGCAAUGGGGGCAACAUGGGGCAUCGCAUACCCCUCGCAGGGAUCUUCUACAGGAAGAUGCGCUGUAAUGUUCUUAUGAUGUGUUACAGGGGGUACGGACACUCCGACGGGUCGCCAUCAGAAAAAGGCUUACGGAUAGAUGCACAGACAGCACUAGACUACCUCACCUCUAACCCCGUACUCAAGCAGACCGCAAUUGUUCUGUACGGCCAAUCCAUUGGCGGCGCCGUCGCGAUUGAUCUUGCAAGCCGCAACCCCGACAAAAUCUGCGCCCUCAUCCUCGAAAACACAUUCACUUCCCUGCCAAGCCUCGUUCCACAUGCACUACCCAUACUCGGGCCCUUCUCUUUCCUGUGCCACCAGAAGUGGGACUCGGCGUCCAAGAUUCCUCUAAUACCCGCCACGACGCCAAUUCUGAUGUUGAGUGGGGCAAAGGACGAGAUUGUACCUCGGGAGCACAUGCGCGCGCUAUGGGAGGCUGUAGCGAAGCGCGGUGAAAAGAAGAAGCCAAAUGGAAGCGAAUAUAAGGUGGGACUGGAGCGGGCGAAGUAUAUGGAAUUCGAGAACGGCCAGCACAACAAUACCUGUACGCAACCUGGGUACUGGACUGCUGUUGCAGAGUUUGUGGCUAGCCUCGGUGAUAGUUAUCGCGAGAAGCAUCGCACGCCUCCUCGAUCGGGCCUAUAG